AUUCAGAAUAUCUCAGUCGUAAACCGUGUUCCGUUUUAAUUUUGAGAAAUCAGGGAAUAUGUGAGUGUUUAAGACCUCUAUAAUUUAGCAGAUGGUUCUUCAGAAGUGUCUCAUAAAGUAACAGCUGUAACGGACAAUCUUUUGAUAAAUUGUAGUUUAAUAACAUAUACAGCAGGCCGUGUUCCUAAUUAUGAUGGCAUUGAUCAAAGAGGAGUUGCUCAUUCAAGACGGUGUAGAUUGUAAGAUCCAGAAACUAGAGAUUCCGGUGACGACCGAAACACCGCCGCCGGUUUGUAGCGUUUGCCUCGCGGAGCAUAAAUCAGCGAUGCACGAUGCGACCGGGACGGAUCUGGAGUGCGUAGUUAGGCAGCAUUUACGGCUGGAAGGAACAGAGUUUAAACUCACUAUCAUAUGCCAACGAUGUCGUGGUACGCUUGAGGCAUUUCAUGAGUUUUACCUCAUGGUUACCGAAGCCCAUCGGAACCUGCUGACGAAACUGGAGAUAUCUAAGGAGGAACCGAAGAGCAUCAUUGUUAUCGGUACACCGGAGCCUGAUGAAGAUAAUGCGUUACUCUCGACCGAAUUCAUUGCCAUCAAGCAAGGACUUGGACGGGAGGAGGACAAAGAUUUGGAGCUCCUUUCGGAGGAAGAAUGGCCAGUAGAACCCUCAGGUAAUGCUGCUGCCACGGUUAAGAAGAAAAAAGACGUAAAGAAGCAUGUGACGGGCAGCGAAAGAAGGAGUGUCCGUAACCGGCAACCUCUGGCUGGUACUACGAUAGACAAGACGACCAUCGAUCAAGAGUUGCUGGAGUUCUACAAGCGGCUAGUGUGCGAAAUAUGUGAUCUCGACGGUAUGGCCAUCGGAGAGGCACCGAUCGAGUAUGCGACUUUGAAGGAGUUAAACCGGCACAUGCGUCGGACCCACGGACAUGGCGAGGGCAGUGUAAAGUGUCCACUUUGCGAGAAAAAGUUCCGAACGAGGGCGAAGCUACUGGCACACAAGGACAUGCACCUUAAUCCGGACCAGUAUCGGUGCAAGCUGUGCUCCGAGGUGCACCAGAACAUCGAGGAGCAUAUGCAGAACAAGCACCAGGAGCGCACAUUCUGCUGCGACACGUGUGGCAAACGGUUUCCAUUCCAAACACGUCUCAACGCGCACGUCCGCAAGAUGCACACCGUGAAGGACAUCAUCUGUGAACAGUGCAACAAGGCCUUCAGCAAAUACACCAUCGAAGACCACAAACGCUCCGUGCACGGUACCGGGUUUAUUUGUGAGCAUUGUCCACGCAGCUUCAAAAGCCGGUUCCAGCUGGAAAACCACAUGGAAGAGCAUAGGGUUGAUGAGAGUGGGGUGCGGCCAGCGAAGGCUACCUGCACUAUCUGUGGUAUUGUGGUGCGGAACAAGUACAAUCUAACUACGCAUAUGAAGCGGAUGCACACGGAACAAAAACCGGCCCGUUGUGAAUCGUGCGGAAAGGUGUUCAAAUCGAAGCACAACCUUGACGCACAUCGUGCGAACGUGUGCACGGAUCGCAACUUCCCAUGUACGAUCUGUAAUAAGCGAUUCAAGAAGAAGAUCAAGCUAAAGGAACACAUGACUACGCACACGCGUAGUGCCCUUUACCAGUGCCCUUACUGUCCGCUGACGUUCAGCUUCGAAACGCAGCUGUACACCCAUCGCAAGCAGGCACAUUACGCGGAGUGGCUCGAGCUACAGCGCAAGCGGAAGGAAGGUGAACGUUUCCGUGUGAAACGUAUAACCGACUAAACGGUAAUUGGAUUUAGGAUAAAUUGUACAGACAAAUAAAUGUGGGAUAUAAAAUUCAAAAACUGAGCACCGAACCCUUGAGGGCAGCCCUUUCAAGUGUGUCUUAGCUAAGACGGAAACAUUCACCCAUCGUAGUACUCUACGAUUCGUUCUUCGCUGACUAUUUAAGAAACAAGUGGCUACUGAGGAAAGUUUUUCUUAAUUGAACUUAAUUGUGCUCAUCUUUCUCAAGUAUUUUAAGAUAAGAAUAUAAUUUUGGCCCGCACU